ACCUACCUACCUGUGUGGUGUUCGCAUGUAAUAACCUGCUUAAAUGAUCACGUAAUCAAGCUUCCGUUUCAGUAGCAUCACUCUUCUCUUCUAAUUCCCCAAAUUCAUCCUCAAAGCCCUAGUUUUGUACAGUUCUAAUCUUACGAUCGAGUAGAAAACCAACAAUUCGCCACAAAAGGAGCCCUAGAAACUCAUCAACUUCAAGUUUAACUACAACGGUUGCUCGUGAUCGGUUCGAUUUUUCAUCGGAGUAAAGCUAGGGUUUCAGUUUCUUUCAGCCAUGAGUCCUAUUCAGAAUUUCGAGCAGCAUUCUCGGCAUCUCAUGGAACCUGACCUCCCUAUUCAAAGCAGGCUACAAAUGGCGAUGGAGGUGCGGGAUAGUUUAGAGAUAACACAUACAGGGGAGUACUUGAAUUUCCUUAAGUGUUAUUUCCGUCCGUUUUCUGGGAUUCUUUAUCACAUAACAAAGCCUCAGUUUACUGACAACCCCGAGCAUAAGCUGCGAAAUAUUAUUAUUGAAAUUCUCAAUCGCCUUCCUCACAGUGAAGUGUUAAGGCCUUUUGUUCAAGAGCUACUAAAAGUUGCAAUGCAUGUUCUUACUACUGACAACGAGGAGAACGGAUUGAUAUGCAUUCGGAUCAUAUUUGAUCUAUUGAGGAAUUUCAGACCAACCCAAGAGACUGAGGUGCAGCCUUUCCUUGACUUCGUGUGUAAAAUUUACCAGAACUUCAGACUCACGGUUAGCCAUUUCUUUGAAAGUGGGGCACUUGUGGCUCCAGCAAUGCCACCACCUUCUUCAAUGUCAGCAUUACCUUCGCUUGGUAGUGAAGACGUUAAGCCAAUGGAGAUUUCAGAUCAAGUUGGGUUGUCCACUGCGUCGAGCACCGGGGCUGGACAACUUAAUCCAAGUACCAGGUCGUUCAAGAUUGUGACCGAGAGUCCUUUGGUGGUCAUGUUUCUCUUUCAACUGUAUAACCGGCUUGUGCAGACUAAUAUCCCUCAGUUAUUGCCAUUGAUGGUUACUGCUAUCUCAGUCCCUGGUCCUGACAAGGUUCCACCACAUUUGAAGACUCACUUUACUGAGCUGAAAGGGGCUCAGGUUAAGACUGUCUCAUUCCUGACUUACCUUUUGAAGAGCUUUGCUGAUUAUAUUAGGCCGCAUGAGGAAAGCAUAUGUAAAAGCAUUGUGAAUCUGCUUGUUACUUGUUCGGACUCUGUUUCAAUUAGAAAGGAAUUAUUAAUAGCAUUGAAACAUGUCCUUGGAACGGAUUUUAAGAGGGGUUUGUUUCCUCUGAUUGAUACACUCUUGGAAGAGAGGGUUCUCGUGGGAAUUGGUCGGGCUUGUUUUGAGACACUGAGGCCAUUGGCGUAUAGUCUCUUAGCAGAAAUUGUUCAUCAUGUUCGGGGUGACCUCUCGCUUUCACAGUUGUCACGGAUUAUCUACCUAUUCUCGAGUAAUAUGCAUGACGCAUCAUUAUCUCUCAGCAUCCACACCACGUGUGCACGGUUAAUGUUAAAUCUGGUGGAGCCAAUUUUUGAAAAAGGCGUUGAUCUGACAUCCAUGGACGAAGCAAGGAUUUUAUUGGGGCGCAUAUUGGAUGCUUUUGUUGGGAAGUUUAGCACCUUUAAACGUACUAUACCUCAGUUACUAGAAGAUGGAGAGGAAGGAAAGGAUCGAUCUACCUUAAAAUCAAAGCUUGAGCUACCAGUGCAGGCUGUUCUAAACAUUCAGGUUCUGGUGGAGCAUUCAAAAGAAGUCAGUGAUUGUAAGCAUCUGAUCAAGACCUUGGUUAUGGGAAUGAAAACAAUCAUAUGGAGCAUCACACACGCACAUCUACCCCGAUCACAGGUCUCACCGUCCACGAACAAUAAUAUGCUUCCAGCAACCCCAACUAACGCGUCCACAGGACAGCCAUUUAAAGGGCUCAGAGAAGAAGAGGUAUGGAGAGCUUCUGGUGUCUUGAAGAGUGGUGUACGCUGCUUAGCUCUGUUCAAAGAGAAAGAUGAGGAGAGAGAAAUGAUCCAUCUUUUCUCCCAGAUUUUGGCUAUAAUGGAACCUCGAGAUCUCAUGGAUAUGUUCUCGUUAUGCAUGCCGGAACUUUUUGAAUGCAUGAUAUCCAACACACAGCUCGUGCAUAUUUUUUCUACCCUUCUUCAAGCACAAAAGGUUUUCAGGCCAUUUGCAGAUGUCUUGGUUAAUUUUCUAGUAAGCAGCAAACUUGACGUCCUGAAACAUCCAGACUCCCCUGCAGCAAAACUUGUUCUACAUCUUUUUCGGUUUUUAUUCGGUGCUGUAGCGAAAGCUCCAGCAGAUUGUGAACGCAUUUUGCAGCCUCAUGUUCCCGUUAUCGUGGAAGCGUGCAUGAAAAACGCCAGUGAAGUUGAGAGACCUCUUGGUUAUUUACAGCUUCUUAAAACAAUGUUCCGUGCCCUAGGUGGUGGGAAAUUCGAGCUUUUAUUAAGAGAUUUGAUUCCCACGUUACAACCCUGCUUGAAUAUGUUGUUGGCAAUGCUCGAGGGCCCCACAGCUGAAGAAAUGCGAGACCUUUUACUAGAGCUUUGCUUAACACUCCCUGCACGGUUAAGUUCGUUGCUACCUCACCUUCCUCGAUUGAUGAAACCACUUGUAAUGUGUCUUAAUGGGAGUGACGAACUUGUUAGCUUAGGAUUGAGAACACUUGAGUUUUGGAUCGAUAGCUUAAAUCCCGAUUUUCUGGAACCAAGCAUGGCAAAUGUGAUGUCUGACGUGAUUUUAGCAUUGUGGUCCCACUUACGGCCCGCACCGUACCCAUGGGGUGGUAAAUCUUUACAACUGCUUGGAAAAUUGGGUGGUCGAAACAGAAGGUUUCUUAAAGAGCCACUUGCACUUGAAUGCAAGGAAAACCCAGAGCAUGGACUUCGAUUGCUUCUUACAUUUGAGCCUGAAACCCCGUUUCUGGUACCUUUGGAUCGAUGUAUUAAUCUUGCUAUAGCUGCUGUUACGAAUAAGAACAGUAGCGUGGAUGCUUUUUAUAGGAAACAGGCUUUGAAGUUUCUUCGAGUGUGCUUAUCAUCACAGCUUGAUUUGCCUGGUCGCGUAACUGAUGAAGGGUUAAUAUCUAAGCACUUAUCAACCAUUUUGGUAUCGUCAGUUGAUCCAUCUUGGAAAAGAUCUGAUGCUUCUGAUGUAAAGACUGACUUGGGGGUCAAGACCAAAACACAACUAAUGGCUGAGAAAUCCCUAUUCAAGAUCCUUCUCAUGACCAUAUUUGCGGCUAGUGCAGAUCCUGAUUUAGUUGACCCCAAGGAUGAAUACGUUGCUAAUAUUUGCCGCCAUUUUGCUAUCAUAUUUCACUUGGAAAGCUCCUCUACCAACACUCCUGUCUCAGCCAUUCCUCUUGGUGGUCCUUUACUGUCAUCCAGCACAAGUAACAGUUCGAAACAAAGAAACGGUAGCAGCUCAAACUUAAAGGAACUGGACCCGUUGAUCUUUUUAGAUGCUCUCGUGGAAGUUCUCGCGGAUGAAAACCGACUCCAUGCGAAAGCCGCCCUCAAUGCGUUAAAUAUUUUUUCCGAAACCCUUCUAUUACUAGCGCGCUCUAAGCAUGCUGACGUGCUCAUGUCAAGAGGGGGCCCCGGUACACCAAUGAUCGUGUCUAGUCCAUCAAUGAGUCCUGUUUAUUCACCCCCUCCUAGUGUCAGGGUUCCGGUUUUUGAUCAACUAUUACCUCGUUUAUUGCACUGCUGUUAUGGAUCUACUUGGCAAGCUCAAAUGGGUGGGGUUAUCGGUCUUGGUGCGUUAGUGGGGAAAGUCACUGUUGAAACGUUAUGUGUUUUCCAAGUGCGUGUUGUAAGAGGACUUGUAUUUGUUCUUAAAAGACUACCUGUUUAUGCUGCAAAAGAACAAGAAGAAACUAGUCAGGUGCUGACGCAGGUCCUUCGGGUGGUGAAUAAUGUUGAUGAAGCAAACAGUGAAGCCCGCAGGCAGAGUUUUCAAGGAGUUGUUGAGUUUCUUGCUUCAGAGUUAUUAAAUACAAAUGCUACUGUAAAAGUCAGUAAAAUUGUGCAGUCGUGUUUGGCACUUUUGGCUAGUCGAACCGGUAGUGAAGUGUCGGAGUUGCUUGAACCGUUACACCAGCCGUUGCUUCAGUCACUUCUAAUGCGCCCUCUUAGGUCAAAAAAUGUUGAACAACAGGUUGGGACUGUGACUGCUUUGAAUUUCUGCCUUGCUUUGAGGCCCCCUCUUCUUAAGUUAACUCCGGAAUUAGUCAAUUUUGUUCAAGAAGUAUUACAUAUUGCUGAGGCCGACGAGACUGUGUGGGCUGCAAAGUUUAUGAACCCAAAAGUUGCUAUGUCGUUGACUAAACUCCGUACAGCUUGCAUUGAACUUUUAUGUACAGCAAUGGCAUGGGCAGAUUUUAAAACUCAAAAUCACUCUGAGCUGCGGGCGAAAAUUAUUUCCAUGUUUUUCAAGUCCUUGACAAGUAGGACACCAGAAAUUGUAGCUGUCGCUAAAGAGGGAUUGAGACAGGUAAUUUUACAGCAACGUAUGCCGAAAGAACUUCUACAGAGCAGUCUGAGGCCUAUAUUAGUUAACUUGGCACAUACCAAGAACCUCAAUAUGCCUCUACUGCAAGGUCUGGCCCGCCUUCUUGAGCUUUUAUCGAAUUGGUUUAAUGUGGCUUUGGGAGGCAAACUUUUGGAGCACCUGAAGAGAUGGCUGGAACCAGAAAAGCUUCAACAGAUUCAAAAAUCAUGGAAAAGUGGUGAAGAACCAAAAAUAGCAGCUGCUAUCAUCGAGCUUUUUCACUUACUCCCCAGUGCAGCAGGGAAGUUUCUUGACGAACUUGUAACUUUGACUAUCGAUUUAGAAGUAGCCCUCCCACCUGGACAGUUUUAUAGUGAGAUCAACAGUCCUUAUCGUCUUCCACUGACAAAAUUCUUAAAUCGUUAUCCACAAGCUGCUGUCGAUUAUUUUCUUGCUCGAUUAUGUGAACCAAAAUAUUUCCGCCGGUUGAUGUACAUCAUUCGAUCAGAUGCGGGUCAGCCCUUGAGGGAAGAACUUGCAAAGUCACCAGAGAAGAUACUCUCAAGUGCAUUCCCUGAGUUCAUUCCAAAGGCAGAUGAGGCAUCAAUGGCCCAGGGGUCUCCGGAAACUUCUUCAUUGGGGGGUGUCGGUGAUGACAACACUCAACUUCAAACUAACAGUUCUAACUCAACCGCCCCAAAUGUCUUGCCGGAUGCUUAUUUCCAGGGCCUUGCUCUUAUAAAAACAUUGGUCAAACUCAUGCCUGGAUGGUUGCAGAGUAACCGCAUUGUUUUUGAUUCACUUGUUCUUUUGUGGAAGUCCCCUGCAAGAAUCUCACGGCUGCAGAAUAAGCAGGAACAGAGUUUGGUGCAAGUGAAAGAGAGCAAAUGGCUGGUCAAAUGCUUCUUGAACUAUUUACGCCAUGAUAAAACUGAAGUCAAUGUGCUGUUUGAAAUCCUCUCAAUCUUUUUAUACCAUACACGCAUUGAUUUUACCUUUUUGAAGGAGUUUUACAUCAUUGAGGUGGCUGAGGGCUAUCCUCCCAGUAUGAAGAAAACUCUCCUUUUGCACUUUUUAAACAUUUUCCAAUCAAAACAAAUGGGUCACGAUCACUUGGUGGUCAUCAUGCAAAUGCUGAUUCUUCCAAUGCUAGCUCAUGCAUUUCAGAAUGAGCAGACUUGGGAGGUUAUAGAUACCGCCAUCAUCAAAACAAUUGUCGACAAGCUUCUGGACCCACCCGAAGAGGUCUCUGCUGAUUAUGAUGAGCCUUUGAGGAUAGAGCUACUACAACUUGCUACUUUACUUCUCAAAUAUCUACAAACUGACCUUGUUCAUCAUAGGAAGGAACUCAUUAAAUUUGGCUGGAAUCACCUAAAACGUGAAGAGAGUGCUAGUAAGCAGUGGGCCUUUGUCAACGUAUGCCACUUCUUGGAGGCCUAUCAAGCUCCAGAAAAGAUCAUACUGCAGGUGUUUGUUGCCCUUCUUAGGACUUGUCAACCAGAGAAUAAAAUGUUGGUCAAACAAGCCCUUGACAUAUUAAUGCCAGCACUUCCACGUAGAUUGCCAAUUGGCGAUAAUUCCCGUAUGCCGAUUUGGAUACGCUACACAAAAAAGAUUCUUGUGGAGGAAGGACACUCUAUUCCUAAUCUCAUCCAUAUAUUCCAACUCAUUGUUCGUCAUUCAGAUCUUUUCUACAGUUGUAGGGCCCAGUUUGUACCUCAAAUGGUCAAUUCUCUCAGCCGCCUUGGUUUACCUUAUACUACUACCGCUGAGAACCGACGACUUGCUAUUGAACUUGCUGGGUUGGUUGUCAACUGGGAGAGACAGAGACAAAAUGAGAUGAAAAUAGUCAAUGCCGGCGAAGGAAGUAGCCAGAAUAACGAUGGGUCGAAUUUGGUUACUGGUGCUGACUCCACGCGGGCAAUAGAUGGAUCCGCAUUUUCUGAAGAUUCAACUAAGCGGUUAAAGGUUGAGCCUGGUCUUCAAUCUCUUGGUGUCAUGUCACCUGGUGGGGCCUCCUCAAUAUCGAAUAUAGAAACCCCCGGACCUACUGGACAACCAGAUGAAGAAUUUAAACCGAAUGCUGCUAUGGAGGAAAUGAUAAUCAACUUUCUGAUAAGAGUAGCCUUAGUGAUAGAGCCAAAGGACAAGGAGGCCAGUCUCAUGUAUAAGCAAGCUCUAGAGCUCUUAUCACAAGCUUUGGAAGUGUGGCCAAACGCUAACGUUAAAUUCAAUUACUUAGAAAAGCUUCUAAGCAGCAUUCCACCGACCCAGUCAAAGGACCCUUCGUCAGCUCUGGCACAGGGUUUGGAUGUGAUGAAUAAAGUAUUGGAGAAACAACCACAUUUGUUCAUCCGUAAUAAUAUCAUUCAUAUUUCUCAAAUUCUUGAGCCUUGUUUCAAGUAUAAAAUGUUAGAUGCUGGGAAGUCGUUGUGUUCUUUGUUGAAAAUGGUUUUUGUCGCUUUCCCUUCAGAAGGAACUAGUACCCCGCAGGAUGUUAAAGCGUUGUACCAAAAAGUUGAGGAGCUUAUACAGAAGCAUCUUGCAUCUGUCGCAGCUCCUCAAACAGCUGGUGAAGAUAACUCUGCUUCCAUGAUUAGCUUUGUUCUGUAUAUCAUACAAACAUUAGCAGAAGUGCAAAAGAAUGUCAUUGAUCCUUUCAAUUUGGUCCGUGUUUUUCAACGUUUAGCACGUGAUUUGGCAUCCGCACCUGGAUCUUAUGCAAGACAAAGCCAAAGAACGGACCCGGAUUCUGCAGUGAGUUCUUCUCGUCAAGGUGCUGAUGUCGGAGUGGUGAUCGCCAAUCUUAAAUCUAUCAUGAAACUCAUUGGUGAAAGGGUCAUGCUUGCGCCUGACCUUAAACGGUCAAUAACACAAAUCCUUAACUCCUUGCUCUCUGAAAAAGGAACUGAUCAUACGGUGCUUCUUUGCAUCCUUGAUGUAAUAAAGGGAUGGAUUGAUAAAGAUUUUGGUACGCCUGGAAUGACUACCACCUCUGCUUCUUUUGUUACUCCAAAAGAAGUUGUAUCUUUCCUUCAAAAGCUUUCUCAAGUUGAUAAGCAGAAUUUUUCCACAACUUCUCUUGAAGAAUGGGACCGAAAAUAUCUCGAGCUUCUCUACGGGCUUUGUGCUGAUGCGAUAAAGUAUCCAUUGACCUUGCGCCAAGAAGUUUUCCAGAAGGUAGAGAGACAGUUUCUACUAGGGCUAAGAGCAAAGGAUCCUGAAAUGAGGAUGAAGUUUUUCGCUCUUUAUCACGAAUCUCUUCAAAAAACGCUUUUCACAAGGUUGCAGUACAUUAUACAAGUUCAGGAUUGGGAGGCUUUGAGUGACGUUUUCUGGCUGAAACAAGGGCUUGAUCUUCUUCUUGCAAUCUUAGUUGAGAACAAACCGAUCACACUUCCUCCAAAUUCUGGCAAGGUUACGUAUCUUCUGGGCGCAGGUUCUCUUCCGGAACAUUCCGGAGCACAGUCUAUGGUUACUGAUGCAUCUGAGGUGGCUGAAGAUACUACUCCGUUAACCAUUGAUUCCCUUGUCGCAAAGCAUGCCAAAUUUAUGAGUGAAAUGAGCCGGCUGCAGGUUGGUGAUCUUGUGAUUCCACUGAGAGAACUCGCCCAUAUAGAUGCGAAUGUUGCAUAUCAUUUGUGGGUGUUGGUGUUUCCAAUUGUGUGGGUGACGUUAUGUAAGGAUGAACAAGUGAAACUUGCUAAGCCGAUAAUCACUCUCUUGUCAAAAGAUUACCAUAAAAAGCAACAGGGAAACAGGCCAAACGUAGUGCAAGCGCUUCUAGAAGGACUCCAAUUAAGCCACCCGCAACCAAAGAUGCCCAGUGAGCUAAUAAAGUAUAUCGGAAAGACUUACAAUGCAUGGCACAUUGCACUAAGUCUGUUAGAAAGUCAUGUGGUGCUGUUUUUGAACGAUACAAAAUGUUCUGAAUCUCUUGCUGAACUUUACCGUUUGCUGAACGAGGAAGAUAUGAGAUACGGGUUAUGGAAGAAACGAUCUACGGCUGAAACACGGGUUGGGCUGUCACUUGUUCAACAUGGCUACUGGCAGCGGGCUCAAAGUCUCUUUUACCAAGCCAUGGUUAAGGCAACCCAAGGCACUUACAAUAACACUGUACCAAAAGCCGAGAUGUGUCUUUGGGAAGAGCAAUGGUUACUUUGUGCGAGUCAACUCAGUCAAUGGGAUGUAUUGUCAGACUUCGGUAAACUCGUUGAUAAUUACGAAAUUUUAUUUGAUAGUCUCUGGAAACAACCUGAUUGGGCGUAUUUGAAAGAUCACGUUAUUCCAAAGGCUCAAGUUGAAGAAACCCCAAAGCUUCGUAUAAUCCAUGCGUAUUUUUCACUACACGAAAAAAACACAAACGGUGUCAGCGAUGCUGAAAAUAUUGUCGGUAAAGGUGUCGACCUUGCUUUGGAACAAUGGUGGCAGUUACCCGAGAUGUCUAUUCAUGCAAGAAUUCCACUUUUGCAGCAAUUCCAACAACUAGUCGAGGUUCAAGAAUCAACGCGGGUUAUAGUAGAUAUUGCUAAUGGAACCAAACUAGCGGCAAAUUCAUCUGUUGGUGCACAUGGUGGUCUUUAUGCUGAUUUGAAAGACAUUCUCGAAACAUGGAGGCUUAGAACUCCAAAUGAAUGGGAUAAUGUGUCUGUUUGGUACGACUUGCUUCAGUGGAGAAACGAAAUGUAUAACGCAGUGAUCGAUGCAUUCAAAGAUUUUGCCAACACAAAUGCUCAACUUCAUCAUCUCGGUUACCGUGACAAGGCAUGGAAUGUCAAUAAACUUGCCCACAUUGCCCGUAAGCAGGGUCUUCAUGAGGUUUGCGUGACUGUCUUGGAAAAAAUGUACGGUCACUCUACUAUGGAAGUGCAGGAGGCUUUUGUGAAGAUUAGGGAGCAAGCAAAGGCAUAUCUUGAAAUGAAAGGAGAGCUUACAAGUGGUCUUAAUUUGAUCAACAAUACUAAUCUGGAAUACUUUUCUGUCAAACACAAAGCAGAAAUUUUCCGUAUUAAGGGAGAUUUUUUGUUGAAGCUACAUGAUUGUGAAGGAGCUAAUCUUUCGUAUUCAAACGCCAUUAACCUUUUCAAGAACCUGCCUAAAGGGUGGAUAAGCUGGGGAAACUAUUGUGAUAUGGCUUUCAAAGAGACACAUGAUGAGAUUUGGUUGGAGUAUGCUGCGAGUUGUUUUCUUCAAGGAAUUAAAUUUGGCAUUACUAAUUCUAGAAGCCAUCUAGCUCGCGUUCUUUACCUUCUUAGCUUUGACACUCCCAAUGAGCCUGUGGGAAGAUCAUUCGACAAGUACGUUGAUCAAAUACCUCAUUGGGUCUGGCUUUCUUGGAUUCCGCAACUAUUACUCUCUUUACAAAGAUCUGAAGCCCCACAUUGCAAACUUGUUCUACUAAAAGUCGCAACCGUUUAUCCUCAGGCAUUGUAUUACUGGCUGCGCACAUAUUUGCUUGAGCGGCGUGAUGUUGCGAAUAGAUCUGAUAUUGGUAGAAUGGCAUUGGCUCAGCAAAGGAUGCAACAAAACAUGACUGGUGGAGCUGAUGGGAAUUCGAGACAAGCUGGCGGUUCAUCAGCCUCAGACAGUCAAAUUCAUCAAGGAACCCAGUCAACCGGUCUUGUUGAUGGCGGUAACUCUCAGGGUCAAGAACCGGAACGGUCCACAGUUGCUGACGGCAGUGUGCUCGGCGGGAACGAACCGCAGAAUCCUUCCUCCGUUAAUGAUGGCGGUCAGAAUGCUAUACGGCGUAACUAUGCCAUGGGUUUAGUUGCUUCUGCCGCUAGUGCUUUUGAUGCUGCUAAAGAUAUAAUGGAAGCACUUAGAAGCAAACACACCAACUUGGCCAGCGAACUUGAGAGUCUGCUGACGGAAAUAGGUUCAAGAUUUGUGACUCUACCAGAGGAGCGGUUACUGGCGGUGGUUAAUGCUCUACUCCACCGUUGUUACAAGUAUCCAACUGCCACAACUGCGGAGGUUCCUCAGUCUCUUAAAAAGGAGCUCUCGGGUGUUUGCAGGGCCUGUUUUUCAGCAGAUGCUGUCAACAAACAUGUUGAGUUUGUUAGAGAAUACAAACAGGAGUUUGAACGUGAUCUUGAUCCCGAAAGUGCUGCUACGUUCCCCGCCACCCUAUCCGAUCUCACCGAAAGACUUAAACACUGGAAAAACGUUCUCCAAAGCAACGUCGAAGACCGGUUCCCAGCUGUAUUAAAACUCGAGGAAGAAAGCCGUGUGUUGCGUGACUUCCAUGUGGUUGAAGUCGAGGUUCCAGGACAGUACUUCACCGAUCAAGAAGUUGCACCGGAUCAUACCGUGAAGCUAGACAGGGUAGCCGCAGAUAUCCCGAUCGUGCGUAGGCAUGGCAGCAGUUUCCGACGUUUGACUCUUAUAGGGUCAGACGGGUCCCAACGUCAUUUUAUUGUCCAGACAUCUUUGACACCGAAUGCUAGAAGUGAUGAAAGAAUAUUACAACUUUUCCGUGUGAUGAAUCGCAUGUUUGACAAGCACAAAGAAUCAAGACGUCGCCACAUCAGCAUUCACACACCAAUUAUCAUUCCUGUUUGGUCUCAGGUGCGGAUGGUAGAAGAUGACUUAACAUACAGUACCUUUCUGGAGGUGUACGAGAACCAUUGUUCGAGAAACAAUAAAGAGGCUGACCAACCGAUCGCUUAUUUUAAGGAGCAGUUAAACCAAGCUAUCUCGGGCCAAAUAUCACCGGAAACUGUAGUAGACCUUCGUCUUCAAGCGUACAACCACAUUACAAAAGAUUAUGUGUUUGACAGUAUAUUCUCACAAUACAUGUACAAAACACUGUUGAAUGGAAAUCACAUGUGGGCUUUCAAGAAGCAAUUUGCCAUCCAGCUGGCACUUUCGAGUUUCACAUCUUUCAUGCUACAGAUAGGCGGAAGAUCCCCUAAUAAAAUACUGUUUGCUAAGAACACCGGGAAAAUAUUUCAAACGGAUUUUCAUCCAGCUUAUGAUGCCAAUGGUAUGAUUGAGUUUAACGAACCCGUGCCUUUUCGGUUGACUAGAAACUUGCAGGCGUUUUUCUCCCAUUUUGGUGUCGAGGGCCUCAUCGUGUCUUCCAUGUGUGCGUCAGCACAAGCUGUUGUUUCUCCAAAGCAAAGUCAACAUUUAUGGCAUCAUUUAGCUAUGUUUUUCCGUGAUGAGCUGUUAUCUUGGUCAUGGAGAAGACCUCUUGGAAUGCCAUUGGCCCCGGUUGUCGGUGGUGGUAGUUUGAACCCUGUUGAGUUCAGACAAAAGAUCACGACAAAUGUGGAACAAGUUAUUAGCCGGAUCAAUGGGAUCGCCCCUCAGUCCAUAUCAGAAGAGGAGGAAAACUCGGUAGAUCCACCGCAGUCGGUGCAAAGAGGGGUGGCCGAACUUGUCGAAGCAGCUCUAACUCCAAGAAACUUAUGCAUGAUGGAUCCUACGUGGCAUCCAUGGUUUUGAAUUUAGCAAGGCUGGAGGCUGGUAGAUAAUAUGGUUAUAGUAAUAGUUAAAUACUAAUAGUAUGGAAGCAUCGUAGUUUUAAGUUGUAGAUAUGCAACUAAAAACUCUUGUUUUGAGCUCAUCUGACUCGAUUAUGAUUGCUUACAUGGAAUUUAUGAACUAAUCUGAACAACAUUAGCGUUUUAAUGAUAUUUCUUUUAACAACUUA